UUUUCCCACACACGUAUGACACAAACGCAAAAGGAAAAUUUCUGCAGUCGGUCGCGCCGUGGUCUGAAAAAAAAUAAGUGGAAUAUUCCACUAAAUAAUAGCAGUUUGUGCGCGGUUUUUGUGGGCCACUAGUGGGUAUUAGAGUGCUUGAAGAACCCAUUAAUCCGUGGACUAAUUGUGUUCUGUGGCAGCGCUCAAGGUGGCUGUAGCUAAUAAGUGUCCCACGAAUGAGAGCGUAAAGCAGAUGGCGGAGAGCGUCCCGCGCGUCAGUGUGUGUGUGUGUGCGCGUGAAUGAGAAGUAGAAAGCGGCGGUAAAAACCUUGUUCGCGUGUAAAAAACUACACAUCUAAAACGAGAGAUAUUUAAUAAAUAAUAAUUUCGUUGGUGUAUCUCGAGUGGAAAAACAGUGAGACAUAUCCUUGAGCGUCCCAGCCAUCGGCCAGCAGCAACGCAGCAAGCGAUCGGAGAUAGCAGACGAAAACAAAACGCGUCCCCUGGAACCGCCGAUACCGAGGAAUGCCAGCGUACCAACAAUGCGACAUGAUAGUCGGCUACUGGACGUCUUAAGUUGUUGUUACUGUUAGAAUUGUUCAAUUGUUUACAACUUGUUGCCUACGUAAGGGAAUACGUAGAGAAAACGGACCAACUAGAACGCGACGCCAGCAUCCCAGGUCCCAGUCAAGCCGUGGAUAUGAGUAGUCGCCUGCAGAAGCAGCCGGCUGAGAUGGUGGGCAACUUAAAGCCCAGCGGCCGAGAGUCGCGUCGCAAGGCGGCCGUGGUGGCGGCGGCGUUGAUUACUGCCUCAGAAGAUGCCAAUGAAGAGCAUCGCACGAAUGGCCAUGCCACAAAUGGUGGCGGCAAGCGCAGGCGGGCCAGCAAGGCUGGCAAGUCGCCCGUCCUGACCAACGGCGACAGCAAGAGGCCCAAACUGAAGCAACAGAAUCCGGUGAGCGCGACCGAGAAGGCCGUCUCCACCACGAGGACCAACAACAAAAGGUACAUUGCCUGCAGCAACAACAACAAUAAUAAUAACAGCAACAGCAAAAACAUUAAUGUGACCAAUGGUCAACACAACAACAACAAGAAGGCCACCACAACAGCGAAAAAACAAGACUACAAUUACCGUGACACCAUGUCGCCACCCACACCGCCCUCGCCGCCGUCACCCGCACCCAAUGAGUCGGAGGUGGUGUGCAUUUCCGAUGCAGAGAGCGAGGAGAACGAGCCGGCAGACUACUUUGACAGGGACACAGAGGAGGAGGAAGAGGAGCCUGACGUUGUGGAAGUGGAGGAUGAGAUUCUGGUGAACGACACAGCCUCUACCCCAACGACAAAGCUGCAGCUAAAGAACAUUAAUCCGAAGAACAUAGCUGCAGCAGCGGCAGCAGCAGCGGCGGCAGCAGAAGCGGCAGCCGCAGCAGCGGAAGCGGCAGCAGCAGCAGCAGCCGCAUCACCCAACUUUGGCAUCCCGACCAGCAACAGCACGCCGCUGGAUCUUAACAACGAGGCGCAUCAAAGGGACCUGGAAUCCGUGACAGAUCUGCGGUCCUACGUUAAAUUAUACAGUGAAGAGGCAGUGAGUCUAGUCGACUUUAAAAUAAUACGUGUUCUGGGUACUGGCGCGUAUGGACGAGUUUUCCUUGUACGAAAACUGACCCGUCACGAUGCGGGUCAGUUGUAUGCCAUGAAGGUCCUGAACAAGAUAACCGUAGUGCAGAAGCGUAAAACGGCCGAACACACCAAAACAGAGCGUGUGGUACUGGAAGCCGUACAGCGCAGCCCCUUCCUGGUUGGCCUCCACUAUGCCUUCCAGUCAACAUCGAAGCUGUAUCUGGUUCUCGACUUUGCCAAGGGCGGGGAACUGUUUACACAUUUGUACCAUGCCGAGCACUUUGAUGAGCCGCGUGUGCGCGUCUAUAUUGCCGAGGUGGUGCUGGCUCUGGAGCAACUGCAUCAGCUGGGCAUCAUCUAUCGCGACAUAAAGCUCGAGAAUAUCCUGCUGGAUGGAGACGGACACAUUGUCCUGUCCGACUUUGGGCUAUCGAAGAUACUAUCGGAGGAGAAUGAGCACCGGGCGCACAGCUUCUGUGGCACCCUGGAGUACAUGGCCCCGGAGAUCAUACGCACUGGGCCGCCGGGUCACGACAGUGCCGUCGAUUGGUGGUCUGUGGGUGUUCUGACCUUUGAACUGCUCACCGGAGGAUCACCCUUUGCCACCUCUGAUGGCCAGAGUCAACAGUCGGAGAUCUCAAGGCGCAUACAAAGGGAUCAGCCGCAGAUCCCGUCAUCGUUCAGCGCGGCUGCCAAAGACUUUGUGUUGAAAAUGCUGGAGAAGAACCCCAAGCUGCGCCUGGGCAAGAACGAACGCGAUGCCAAAGAGAUCAAGCAGCAUCCCUUCUUCCAUGGCAUCAACUGGCACGAUCUGCGCGCCAAGCGUCGCAAGGCGCCCUACAAGCCCGUCCUCACAUCCGAGGAUGACGUCCAGAACUUCAGCAACGAGUUCACCGACCAGCUGCCGGAGGACAUCGAAUGCGAUGCACCCCCCAGUCGCAUUCGCCUUUUCCGGGGAUACACCUAUGUGGCUCCCGAGCACUUGGAACAAAUGCGCAGGGACAACAACUGUCACAUUGAGUACUGCAAUAAAGGAUUACUGAAUAUGCCAUCAAGACCGCAGGAUCUGGAUCUGGGCAGCCGCACUGCUGGUGGAUCCUACGGUACCUGCUACUUUGCCGUGGACAACACCAACGAUAUGAUAUUCAUGGUCAAGGUUGUCCCACUCUCAAAGUUUCGUGCAUCGGAGGUGGACGCCCUGACAUCCUGUGCCAUGGACGAUGAUGCCCAUCAGAAUAUUGUCCAAUAUCUGGGCACGUUCCGUGACAAAUGCGAUACAUGGAUACUCACGGAGUUCCUUGUCGGCGAGGAGCUUUCGGCGCCCAUCAAACGCAAUGCCCUGAACGAGCGGACCUGCCGUGAGCUCUUCCGUCAGAUUCUGGAGGCGGUGCGCUUCAUCCACUCCAAGAAGUUCAUACACGGUGACGUAAAGCCCGAGAACGUUGUCUUUGAGAGUCGCGAUGAUAUGGUGGUGAAGCUGGUUGACUUUGGCAGUGCCUGUUACAGCAGCAGCUUCACGAGCUGGCAGGACAAGCCGCGCUAUACACUGGACUAUGCACCGCCAGAGAUGCUCCAGGAUCCCAAUAUGGUCACAUAUACGCCGGCCGUCGAUGUCUACGGGCUUGGCGCGACGCUGUACACGAUGCGGGUGGGCCAUCCGCCCUAUCGCCAGGAUCAGGAGGACAAGGAGCACUCUCCGGAGAUUCAUCACCAGUUACGUAGACGCAUGCAGAGCGAGACGUUCAAUCAUGAAUCCAAGCUCUGGGUAAGUGCCAGCCCGGAAUUCCGCGAGCUGGUAGAGUGGUGCAUGCAGCCCGAUCCCGCCGACCGUCCGCAACUGGAUGAUAUAUUGGCGAGCGACUGGGUGCAGUCUGGUGGAGGUGGAGACUUGGACGUUGAUAUCAUUGUACCACCCCAACUCCAGCAGGAGGAACAUAAGGAGGAGCAGGAGCCUGAGGUGGAGCAUGUGGAUGAGCCCGAGGAGGAGGUGGUUAAUGAAGACGAUGAUACCUUGGAGAAGUCGACACCAGGUAUGUUGCCCGCAGAUGCGGCUGAGGAUGAGGACGAGGGAAUCACCCUCCUCCACGAGCCCGUGCAGGCUAUCGCGGCGACGAGCGAAUCGUUCUUGAUUCGCCCCACAGCAUCACCGCCGCUAUCCGACGACGAAGACUUUAGGGAACGCAUUGAAAUCAACUCUGAAAGUGAUUUCUUGGGCUUCGAUGAGAAUCUGCCGCCCCUACACCUGCCCUCCCAAUAUUAUGGGGAGCUGCCACUGCCAGUGCCCUUGGAGGAGACGUCCAACGCAAUGUUGCCGCCGCCGCCGCCGUCGCUUGCUCCAGUUGCUCUUGCACCAAAAACAGAAGCCGAGGAGCUAACAAUCAGACGGCCAAGAACACGCCAGCAACGGCGAACCGAGACCCAUUUACUUACGCCUGUUGUAAUGAAUGAAGCCAUCACAGACGCGGAGGACAGCAAGGUCGGUCUGUACCUGCUGAUGCAACAACUGCCGCCACCGGCAGACGUACCGAUACCCCCCACAACCAGCACCACCAAGACAUCAAUAGCAACCCGAAUCGCACGCCCAGAGCCCGCCACGAAAGCCCCCAAAAUGGGCCGUAAGAAGCGUGACGAUGAGAAUCUCUACGGCUUUGGAAAGACGCAAGUUUCUCGGCAAAAAUCGCGGGGCAGCUGGCGACACUUCUGCCUCCUCAUCAACGGUGUCCAGCAGGUGCUAAAGAAUCGCUUCAAGGAACAUCGUCGCGUAUACUGUUUACCGCAUAUUAAAUCCGAGAUCCUUGACGAGGAUGAAAUCGUGCUGCCUCAGAUAUAUCCCCGACCGAAGGCGCGAAAGCAGCGGCCGCCCAAGGUGCCGAGACCCCCAACGCGCGUCCAGCCAGAGAGGGCGCGUGCGCUGCGCCAGCGGUACGUGUUCGAAUGACGUCGCGCCAUCGGUCGGUGGUUUCGCAUAGGAGAGGCGACGGGUAGUGUCGUGGAGGUGCUGGAUGACGAUGAUGAUGCGGAUACGGAUGCGGAGGAGCGCCAACUGCAAGCGGUGCUGGCGGCGACCAUGCAGUGGGCGUCUGGCUCCAGGAGGCAACUGAACAGCUGACGACAGAUGAGGACAGGUAGCAGAACAACGAGGGCAACUAGGGCGAGGCCGCAGCGUGUAGCAACUGUCUAACUGCCACACAACAACCCACACACACCAACACACGGACUAACACUGAAAGCAAGAGUCGAAGGAUCCGCAAGGAGCACCAAAGAUCCUUUCAUGAUUUGUUAUAUACUAUAAUAGAUAAUAGAAAACCUUAGGACAUAAGUUGGGACACCUCUUUGCCAACUAUUUGUGCGGAUAAGGGCUAACGCAAACCGCAAAAUGGUAGGGAGAGGAGAUGAGAGUUAAACCGGGCAACUAUCCUUAUACAAAUAUAUUCUAUAUGCGAUAUGUUGUGCUAGUUAAUUUUUAAAUAGCCUAAUUGUAAUUACAAAAUUCAAUAAUAAAUCGGGAAUCGUACGCUAGGCCGCUUCUUGUUCAAGCGGGGAUCCUAAGAUCAAUUUAGAUGCGAUACCAGAGAAUGUAACAAUCACUAAAAGCAUUAAUCAGUUAAUCAGUUAUAUAGUUAUUCGUUAAGGUCAACAAACAUUGAUAACGACACAACCACACCACAUAGACAUCAUCCAACGACCUCCCAAGCUACAACUACAUAAAUCUACAUGCUAAAUUUCACCUAAGUUCGUUAAACAUAUUCCCACACACUAUCAUCAUCAAUACCUCAAUAACCAUCAUCAUCAUUAUAGGUAUCAUCAUCAUCGUACAUAUAUGUAUGUUCAAACGUUGCCAAUGAUAAUCAGUAUAAGGACUUGUACUGCUCUUGAUUUGCUAAUAUUUUAAGUGUGUUGUCCUCUUCGUGUUUGCAAUAUCUUCGACCUUUACUUGUCCUCCUUCUGAUGGAUUUGGCAACAGUUUGUAUACUAAAAAAAACUAAUUGUCGUUUGUAAUACUGAUUUCAGUGAAAGGAUGGAAUCUGCGACUUCGUCCACGAAAUCGGUGCUAUCGGUUUGAAGCGUGUGCAAAACAGAGUGGUCACCUCCUAAUUUCU